AUGGAGGUGGAAAUCCUGAAUCAGACCACAAUUAAAACAUUUUACAUGGCGGGAUUAACCACAGACCAUUUUAUUCAAAUAUUAUUGUUUGUACUGUUUUUGAUCAUUUAUACAUGUUCUUUUGUAUGCAACCUUUGUAUGAUAUUAUUGAUAAGAAUGGUGCACCAUCUUCAUUCACCCAUGUAUUUUUUCUUAAGUAAUUUAUCUUUUGUUGACUUAUGUUUUUCUUCAAGUAUUACGCCAAGGAUGUUGUCAGAUUUUACUUCCAAGACAAAGUCAAUUCCCUCCAUCGCAUGUGCUACUCAAAUGUUUUGCUUUUCCCUCUUUGCAGCCUCUGAGAGUCUUUUGGUAUCAGCAAUGGCAUAUGACCGUUAUGUUGCAAUAUGCCAACCCCUGGUCUAUCACAGUAUUAUGAACAAGACUAUGUGUUGGCGCUUAGCAUUAGGAGCUUAUGUUUGUAGUUUUUUUGCAUCUAUUAUUAUCACUUUACUUGUAUUUCCACUUUGUGGUUCUUCUACAAUCAUCAAUCAUUUUUAUUGUGAUAUCCCCCCACUUCUUAAACUCUCAUGUGGACAUUCUCAAAUCAGAAAAUAUGUUGUUAUUGCCUUGACCCGUGCCAUAGGGAGCGCAUGUUUUCUUGUAAUAUUGUUGUCUUAUGUGUAUAUAUUACAUACAAUCCUUGGAAUUCAUUCAAAAGAAGGUAGAUCCAAAGCAUUUUCAACCUGUGCCUCCCACCUCAUAAUAGUCAUUACUUUCUACACCACUGCACUCGGGAAUUAUUUUAGACCAAGCAUAGGUUUAAAUGCAGAUGAUAUUGGCAAGGUCUUCUCCAUUUUUUAUACUGUGACCCCCCCGUUAUUAAACCCUCUCAUAUAUAGUUUUAAAAAUACAGAAGUUAAAAAUGCUGUGUUGAAUAUUUUUGUUUUAGACCAGGUAAAAAACUUUCCUAAAAAUCACAUAAAUUAG